AUGGCUGCUACACGUCCCGAUCUGCCCCCUUCAUCAGGCACCGCAGCAGGAGCAACAGCAUCAUCGGACACUACAAUGCCCUCCGCUGUGGUGGCUGCACUGAUAGCUGAUGGACUGUUAUGCCCUCAAGAACCUCUUGAAGAGCUUAAGGAGCACUUUUUGCUGCUGGACUUUGAUCCGGAGAAAUCAAUAGCUUCGGCCCUAGCGGCUCAUCGGCUCCUCAGAGAGUUUGCGAGAAGGGGCAGGAGCAGCAGUAGUAACAGCAGCAGUAAUAGUAACAGCAGCAGAAGAGGCAACAGCAACAGCAGCAGUAGCAGCCUUAGGCUUUCCGUAGGGGUAGGGGAGGAAUUCACUGUUGCUGGGGAGGUGGCUUGCUCUCGCUUGGGAACUGCGCGGCGACAGCAACAACGGCUGCAGCAGCUGCUGCAGGCAGAUGCAGAAACACUGCAACAAACGCUGCAAACAAAGAGAGACUGGGAGGCGCUAGCUGAAGGUCGUCUGUUGGAGGAGUCGGCCGACUUUUCGGAGUUGGCGAAAAUAUGUGAAGUCGUCGCGGAACUGCCCUACACUGCCAGACGCACCAUCGCCAGAUGGUACCUCGACGUCCCAGUGCGACACUUGGAGCAGCACAUCACUGUUGUGCAGCAAUUAAUCACAGGCAUGAGCCUUGCUGUUGCUGCUGCUGCUGGUGUUGUUACCAGUGCUGCUUCUUCCGUCGUUAGUGACGUUCGCGUGCUGUCUGCUGGGCCUUUGGAGAACUGGCAUUACCUUCAGGCUCCGCAGCACCCAGCAGAAACGGCCUUAAGGGCAGCUCUACUCCUGCUUCACAUUCUUUAUGUUGCCAAUGUGCAUCGGCAGCAGCGGCGCUUGCAGACGUGCGAUGGAGACCCUCAUCUAGAUGCCCCCACCCUCCUUCGAAGCGCUAUUCACUCCCCAGCUGCACCUGAAGAAGCAGUAGUUGCAGGAGGAGCAGCAGGAGCAUUGGCAGAAGCAGCACCAGAAGUGAAUGCAAGAUCCGGAGAAAGGGUUGCUUCUCAGACUACAGUGGAGUAUCAACAGCACCACCAGGGGCAGGAAGACUUAAGUGAAAUUGACUUCAAUUUUUUUCACAACGAUGCCAUCAAUUCAAGUCACCAGCUGCUGCAGCACGAAUUCGCUCUGUGGCUACGCUUGCGGAGAGGCGCAGCAGCACCAGCUGUCAGCAGUCUGCUGUUGCAGCAAGCGCUGCAGCAGCAACAGCAACGAGAGAGACGCGACCGAAGCAGGCAGCAUAGCAUCCUCACCAUAGCGCCACACAGUGCAUUCGUUGCACACUCUAUGGAGACCUCUGCUGCUACGGCAGCAACCCAAGAAAGAGCAGCAACAGCACCAGGACCAGCGGGGAACGGAUGCUCUCAGGUAGCAGCACCAGCGACGAGAAAUGGCUCGGAAAUACCGUCUACCAAUGGUGUGCUUUCCGCAGCACCACUUGCACCACCACAAGAAUCAACAGAAGGAGCAGACGAAGGAGGACCAGUGACGGCAGAAGAUACAAUGGUUUUGCGUUCAGUGUCUGUUCACUCCUUAUUCUCGGCGGAGGACGACUCUGGAUCAGGUCUACUGUCGCCGGGUCUGCUGACAGCAGAUUCAGAGGCCCCAGUAGCAGCAGGAGCAGGACCAUCAGCUCCAGCAAUAACACAAGCAGUGGCGGAAAGUGGGUUUGCUGCUGAGAUUGGCGCGUUUGUAUCAGAGGGGAUGGCGACAGGUUUUAAUACACCAAACGACAGAUCAAGCAAUCAUUUGAUGCUUGGACGAUCAGUACGAACAUCAGCAGAAUCAGGAGCAGUAGCAUCUAACAUGAUAGGCUUUUUGCCGCUGCCUUUGGGUGUGUGGAGUUCAGCAUCUGCUGCUGCAGCUCUUGCUGCAGGUGCUGCAUCUCCUGCUGCAGUGUUGUCGAGUCCAGCAGCAGCAGCAGCAGCAGCCGCUGCAAACCGCCCCUUCAACCACUUCGCAGUGCCGCAAGCCAACUUGCAUACGCAUGAGUUCUCGCUUCUCGCCCAUCCUUUUGUGUUGGAUGCAUCAGCCAAGGCGGAGAUAAUUCGGAUGCAGGCAACGCUUGAGCAGCAACACCAGGCUAGACAGGCGGAGGUGGAAGCGCUCUUGGCUUUGUGCCGGGGGGGAGUUGGCUCGCCGCUGCCGUUUUUGUACUUGCAGGUGCGGCGCACACAUCUGGUGGAAGACACGCUGCAGCAGAUUGCCAGCAGCAGCACUAACAGCAGUACAGACUUCCGCAAGGCCCUCAAGGUCCAGUUCGUAGGGGAAGAAGGUGUCGACCAAGGAGGGGUUACCAAAGAAUUCUUUCAACUUCUCGUUGAUGAGGUUUGCCCGCAUUGA